UGUAGCAACAUCAUAAACCACUUAGUGUGACUUUGACAAACAUUAUAUUAUUAUGUCCUUACUCCAUACCAACAUUGCUUUACGAAAUAUAGUUCAUGUGAAACACAACUAAUAGGACUAAUUGAUGAUUUUUCAAAAGAUUUAGUGGGCAAAUAGAUGCUAUCUUAUAGAUUUUUCUAAGGCUUUUGACAAAGUUCACCACCAUAGUUUGCUUAAAAAAAAAAUAAUUUUGGCAUUGAUGGUCCAUUUCAUCAGUGGAUUAAAGAUUUUCUGAUAGGGAGAGAACAAACUGUAAUAAUAAAUGGCUCUAAAUCAACACCAAUAACACUCAAAUAACAUUAAACUCAGGUGUACCUCAAGCAACAGUCUUAAGUCCACUACUAUUUUUAAUUUACAUAAAUGAUUUACCAAAUUGCAUUAGUUCAGGAACAAAAGUCAGAUUAUUUGCAUAUGAUUGCAUAAUAUUCAUUGGCCUCCUUCAGUUGUAGAACAACUAUAGUUCAUCUCAGAGCACACUUCCUCAUGUGGCUGUGGAGCCCUAUCAACACCGAUAGCACUCAAAUAACAGUAAACUCAGGUGUACCUCAAGCAACAGUCUUAGGUCCACUACUAUUUUUAAUUUACAUAUUAAUGAUUUACCAAAUUACAUUAGUUCAGGAACAAAAGUCAGAUUAUUUGGAGCAUGUCUUUCCACCCAGAAAAAUGUCAGUUAUUAAGAGUAACAAAACUAAAACAAAUUAAUUCCACACAGACUAAAAACGCAAAAGGUGUUUAUAAUAAAUGAAAAACUAUCAUGGAAUCCCCAUAUUGAUGCAAAUAUCAAAAAAUCAAACAAAGCAUUAGGGUUUAUUAAAACAAAUUUCUAUAAAUCGAAUAAGAACAUAAAAAUAAAAUGUUAUUUAACCUUUGUUUUGCCAAUAAUAGAAUAUGCAUCCUCUGUUUGCGACCCUUUCAACUCAAGAAAACAUUAAGAAACUGGAACAGACACAAAUAAAGCAGUGAGAUUCAUAACUAACAAAUAUUCACAUUUGACUAGAGUAACACCUUUAGUAAAAUCACUAAAUUUAGAAAGCCUUCAGUAGAGAAGACUCAAAAGUAAAGUAGCAAUUACACAUAAAACACUGAACCAUAAUCUUCAAAUACAAUAACAAAAUCUAAUAAAAUACCCAGACACAAAGGUAAAGGCACAUUCCUUAUUCCAUAUGUUAGGACAAAUUUGUACAAUGGCUCUUUCUUCCCUAGUGCUAUUAAAGCAUGGAAUGGAUUGCCUAAGCCAGUCAGGAAAACCAGUGACUUGGCAGAAUUAAAGUCAUUGGUUAACAUGCAUGACUUGAUGCAUGAUGCGUAGGACGUAAAUCAUCUUCUUUUUUGAAGUAACGUCUGUAUUAUAUAAGAUAGAUAUAAAGAUAAUUACAUAUAACUGGCAUAAUUUUUAGCUAGAAAGUAUUUGAAAGUUGAUUAACCUACCUUCCUUAAGUCCAUAACUAAUUAUAUAACUUAGAUAAUUACUAAUUGGUAAUUAAUAAAUGGUGUAAGCCUACUAUUUUCCCAAAAGUGCAAAGAUAUAUAGAUCUAGGAUGUUGAACAUGUGGUCACAGUUGUUGGUCAGUUUAUUGGAAUCCAUAUUUUAAUAACCUUUAUUAAUAGACUUUCUGUAUAUCGUUGAAGUCUCUUUGCAAUUCACUUUGGUCAAUAAAGACAUCAUAUGGGCGUGGAAGAAAAAAUGCAGCAGAGUGGGCCGAGAUGAUCAAGGAUCCUGACACUGGCAAAGUCAUUUGUAAAUAUUGUCAAACACCAGUCAGUGCAAAGAUUGAAAGGAUUCGAGUUCACUUAAAGAAAUGCAAUCAAAAGCAAUCUUUUUCUGGACCAAAUCCUAUAGAAAUGGAGAUUUUAGAAACCAUUUAUGGAGGCACAAGUGCUUCUCCAAGCGUGGUGCAACUGCCCCCUAAAAAGAAGAAAAUGAAAUUGGCAGAUUUUAGUAAUGCAACCACAGAGCAUCAGAAAAAGCAGCUAGAUGUUUUUGUUGCAAAGUUUUUUUAUGCCAACAACAUACCAUUUAAUGUAGCCAAUAGUAAAGAGUUUAAAGCUAUGAUUGAAGUCCUGAGACCAGGCUAUGCUGGCCCUGAGGCAUCAAAUUUAAGUGGUCCUUUGAUUGAAACUGUUGCUGAGGAGAUAGACACAAACACUAAAAUGAAAUUGCAAGAAUACAACAGUGUUACCCUACUUCAGUAUGGAUGGUCACAUUUAAGAAAUGAUCCCUUCAUAGCCACUGGGAUGCACACUGGUCAGUAUGACUUUUUACUGAAUGCAACAGAUUGUCCUCCUGGUAAAAAAACAUCUGAAUACUGCACAGAGUCUCUCGAAUCUGCGAUUCAACUGUGCCUCGACAAAUAUGGCAAAACAGUGUUUGCAGUAUGUAUAGAUAGUGAAAAAAGGAUGAAUAAAACAAUGCACUUUUUAAAUGAAAAAACCGGCCUGCCUGAGCUUCUAACCUAUGGCUGCUCAGCGCAUUUUAUUAACUUACUUGGAGAAGAUAUAUCUCCGAAAAUAGCCAUACAGGAUAUAGUGGAUGUGAAUAAAUUCUUUCUCUCUAAUGCCCAGCUCACAGGAUGGCUGAGAGAUAAGCAAGGGAUCAUGCCCCUGUUGCCUCCUUGCUCUGGGUGGCACUCUCAGUAUGACUGUCUGAGCACUUUCAUUCAGAACUAUUCCUGUUACAUAGAUAUUGUUACAGAACAUUUUCAAGAAGUUCCUAAGGAUCUGACAAAACUACUGGAUAAUGUUACCUUAUACAAAGUAGCAUUCCAGAACUUGAAAGAGAUGGCUAGCCUCUUCAGAGCGCUGGAUCUCAUUCAAGCAGAUUCUACCAACAUUGCUCAAGCUGUAGAAAUCUGGAUGGACCUUCUAGAAAAUCCUGAUUUAGAAGCUUGCAGAGACACCAUAAAAAGAAGAAUGGAGGAAGCCCUUGAGCCAUUCCAUUACCUUGCCAAUUUUUUUGACCCAAGAUACAGAGGAAGAAGGCUAACAGCUUAUCAGGAUGAUAUAGCUGAAAAAUGGCUAAUUGACAGCCAUCCAGAAUGGCUGGCCAGAUAUAUGUCUUAUAGAAUUGCAGAUCCAGAAUAUUUUCCCAGCUCCAUGUUUAUGGAUUCUUUCAUAAAGGAAUUCACACCAAUCAAAUGGUGGAAGAUAAUGGAGAUGAAAACAGCCAAAAAGGAGAACUGGCCUGCUGGCUUCCAUCAGUUUAUUCAAAGUUUAAUUUCUUGUCCUGCAAGCACUGGCUCUCUUGAAAGGAUAUUCUCCACCUAUGGUCUUGCUUGGCCAAAAUUAAAAGAGGAUUUAUCUGCAGAGAAAGCAGAAAAAUUAGUGAAAAUCUAUCAGUUCUUGAAUGUUGAAAAAAGCUAACUGUUGUGAAAAAAACAAAUUGUACAUAUAUUUUGUUAUGUAUAUAUAUGUAUUCAGCUUUCCUGAUGCGUCAACCAGUGUGAUAAAAUGUUGCGAGCAGAUGUGGAUCAGGAGAGAUCACCUCUGCUGAACAGAAACACUUUUAGAAAUUCUCUGACUAUAAGUGAUGAUGAUGAUGAUACAUAUAA